AUGAUUUUAAUUCGUAAACCUAUAAUAAUAAUAAAUCCUUUCAAAGCUUUAAACAGAUCUUUUUUUCAGAAUCAAUCCAUCACAAUACAUAAUAAAAAUAUCAAUUUAAAAUCUUUUAUUAGUAACAAUAAUAACAAUAGUAAAAUUUGCUAUUUUUCAACAGUUUCAACAAUCAAAAAUUCCAUUAAUAAUAAUGGCACUAUCACCACUACCACCACUACUAUUAAGGGCUUUACUACUAGAAAACCGAAACCUUUACCACAAUUAGAAAAAGAAAAGGCUAAACGUGUUUUCUAUGGGGUGGUUGGUGUUUCAAUGUGGAUAGUGGCGACUGUUUGUUUUUUUAAUUAUGAACGUGUCAACAACAAUAUAAUUCAAACAAGUCUACUUCAUAUUAAAAAGAAUCCAUUAGCCAUAGAAACUUUAGGGAAUAAUAUUGGUUUUUCUUCAAGUUGGCCUUGGGUUAUUGGAAAAGUUAAUAUUUUGAAAGGAAAGGUGGAUGUGAAAUAUUCUGUGAAAGGAAAUAAAGCUAAAGGUAAAAUUCAUUUUCGUGCAAUCCGUAUUCCAUUGGAAAGAAAUUGGAAAGUCUUGGAAUUUUCAUUGACAAAAGACAAUGGAGAAGUUGUCUUGCUUAAAUUACCAAACGAACAAUUUUUUCAUACUUAA